AACUUCACAGGAAAAAAGAGGCAAGUCCACUUACUAAAUGAGCAACAAAGCAGGAAACACACUAUAUCCCUGGGUUUGUUAAAAAAAACAGCAGCAACUUAAAAUCAGAAUCAAUGGCUGAUCAUGUUGAAGAUAAAGAAUUGAGUGCUGCCAGAAGGAGGCUGUGCUCUGUCUCCAACCACCUUGUUCCUGUGACACCACCUUCCAUUUCUUUGCAUGGUUGCAGUAGUGGCAGCUCCAUCAGUGACAGUUAUCAUCGCAUUCAUGGCGAUGUGAGUACGCAUGAACCGGUCUGGGAAAGGGCUAUUGAUGAGCUGGGAAUUGAGUACACUGACAUUGUUUACGAGAAAGCGAAGGGUGAAGGCAUUGCCAAGAUCACAAUUAACAGGCCAGAGAGAAGAAAUGCUUUUCGACCACAAACAAUCAAGGAACUCAUUCGUGCAUUUAAUGAUGCAAGGGAUGAUAAUUCAGUGGGAGUGAUCAUUCUUACCGGAAAGGGGACAAAAGCAUUCUGCAGUGGUGGCGAUCAAGCAUUGAGAAGUAAAGAUGGUUAUGCUGAUCAUGAAAAAUUUGGUCGAUUGAAUGUUUUAGAUUUACAGGUGCAAAUUCGGAGACUUCCAAAACCAGUGAUUGCAAUGGUUGCAGGUUAUGCUGUUGGCGGAGGACAUGUGCUCCAUAUGGUCUGUGACCUAACAAUUGCAGCUGAUAAUGCUGUUUUUGGGCAAACGGGUCCGAAGGUUGGAAGCUUUGAUGCUGGCUAUGGAUCUUCAAUAAUGUCUCGUUUGGUUGGACCUAAAAAGGCACGAGAAAUGUGGUUUCUGUCAAGGUUCUAUACUGCUUCUGAAGCAGAAAGGAUGGGACUUGUAAACACAGUUGUUCCACUAGAGAAGCUAGAACAGGAGACGGUCAAAUGGUGUCGAGAGAUUCUGAGGAACAGCCCAACUGCAAUCAGGGUGCUUAAGUCGUCUCUUAACGCAGUUGAUGACGGGCAUGCUGGACUCCAGGAACUUGGAGGAAAUGCUACACUCAUAUUUUACGGAACUGAAGAAGGUAACGAGGGGAAGACAGCAUAUAUGGAACGUAGACGCCCAGAUUUUGCUAAAUUUCCUCGCCUACCCUGAUGAAGAUUCUUAUUAAGUGUCACUCAGCAUCGAGGGAAUUAUAAACCAAGUGUUGUACCAAAGUAUGAACUCAAUUUUCAUGCCAUGCAAUGUACUUAAUCUAGUUGCGAAUUGAGAUGACAAAUACCUACUGAAGAGAAUUAAUUUUUGAAUGA